AUGUUCUUUCCUAUACAGGAUCUACUUUUUAUGGAUGAACUAUUUGAAGUUCCUUGGAAAAAAAGAUGUGGAGAUACGAAGUCAUCCCAUCAUUCGUUUAUAAAAGAUCACCGGAAGUGCGUGCGAUCCCUUGACUUCGAAACCUCCCCUGACGAUCGUAUGUCAUUCAUGGGCCAAGCCGAUGCAAUUAUUCCGGGGAAGUUGUAUGACCCCACCAACGAAGUUUACGUACAGGGCAGAAAGAGAGCUAAGUCGAAGAUACAUGAAUUCAACAACCUUCAUCCAGACCAGGAGGAAUUGAGAGACAACCUUAUCAGGGAUCUUUUUGGUAGUUGCUCUGGGAACUUUUUGAUCGAACAGCCAUUCUACUGCGACUACGGGAGUAACAUCCACAUUGGGAACAACAUGUAUAGUAACCACAACCUUACAAUUCUAGACGUUGUCGACGUACGCAUUGGUGAUAAUGUCUUCUUUGGACCUAACGUUGGACUCUACACUGCUGGCCACCCUCUGGACCUGGAAAGACGUAUUGGCGGUCUGGAAUUUGGAUUGCCUAUAACCAUAGAAGAUAAUGUGUGGAUUGGAGGUAGCGUAACGGUCUUGCCUGGUAUAACUAUUGGGAAAAACUCUGUAAUCGCUGCCGGAAGCGUUGUGGUGAAAGAUAUUCCAGCGGGAGUCGUCGCUGUGGGAAAUCCCUGUAAGGUGUUAAGAGAGAUAGACGAAAGAGACAAGAGAAGGACCAAUUUUCGAAAGUAG